UCAAAUACUAUUAUCAUCCUUUUCAUUUCAAUAAAAAACAAGACAUCCCAUUUCAUUUCAAUUGUAACAACUUAUGGAAAAUAACACAAACCCAAAUAACAUCAAGAGUGUGGCCUCAACGGAACCGAAUUCGACGCUUAAACGAAGAUAAUAACCUGCUUCGAGUGUUGUGUGGCACGCGCGGUGUGCUUUGAAGCAAGUUCUUCUAGCAGAAAAAAAGGAUACAUGAUGAACAUAGAACAUAAAGAGAAUGGAGAAAUCGAAAGAGACAAAAGAGAAGAACAAGAUAAGAAAGAUGAAGGUGAUUAUGAUCAUCAUCAGUUAGAGGGUCCAACAAGGCUGCAACCAUGGACAAAACAAAUAACGCCUCGCGGGAUUGUAGCAAGUGUUAUCUUAGGGUGUAUCUAUAGUAUUAUCGCGAUGAAACUCAAUCUCACGACUGGUAUGACGCCUAAUAUGAACGUUUCGGCUGCACUUCUUGCUUUUGUGUUCAUGAGAACUUGGACAAAGAUGCUCCAAAAAUCCGGGAUCUCCACUGUUCCAUUCACCAGACAUGAGAAUACCAUGAUCCAGACAUGUUCGGUCGCCUGUUACAGCAUUGCCAUAGGAGGUGGAUAUGGGUCUUAUUUGCUCGGAUUGAACAAGAAGACGUAUGAGCUAGCCGGAGGAGCAAGUUCUCCGGGGACUUACAAAGAACCCGGUGUGGGCUGGAUGAUGGGCUACUCUUUCUUGGUCUGUUUUAUCGGCCUUUUCGUAUUGAUUCCACUUCGAAAGGUUUUAAUUGUUGACUACAAACUAAUAUUUCCAAGCGGGAUGGCGACCGGGGUUCUUAUUAACGGGUUCCAUAGUCAAGGAGACGAUAUCGCAAAGAAACAAGUGAAGGGAUUUGCAAAGUAUUUUUCAGCAAGUUUUCUAUGGGGAUUCUUCCAAUGGUUUUUUACAGGGAAGGAAGGAAAUUGCGGAUUUGCGCAGUUUCCGACCUUUGGAUUGGAAGCUUGGAAGAACAUGUUUUACUUUGACUUUAGCAUGACUUAUGUGGGAACAGGGAUGAUCUGCCCUCACAUUGUGAACAUAUCAUUGCUAUUUGGAGCAGUGAUUUCAUGGGGUAUAAUGUGGCCAUUGAUUGGACAAAAAAAGGGAGAUUGGUUUCCUCCUGGUUUGCCUGAAAGUAGCAUGAAAAGCUUAAAUGGUUACAAGGCCUUUAUUUCCAUUGCAUUAAUCCUUGGUGAUGGGCUAUACAAUUUCAUCAAAAUACUAUAUAUCACAUCCAGGAGUGUUCAUGGAAGAAUCAGGACCAAAAACCUUAAUCCAGUUAUCGAAAAGAAGGUUAGCGAAGAGGAGCAAAAGCAAUAUGAGAUUUUCACCAGAGAAACUAUACCCAUGUCGAUCGGAGGAACCGGAUACGUUAUCUUCGCCAUUAUCGCAGUAAUCGCGUUACCAUACAUGUUUCCCGAGGUUAAAUGGUAUUACGUAAUCAUAGCGUACAUAUUCGCUCCAUCUUUGGCCUUCUGUAACGCUUAUGGAGCAGGGUUGACCGACUUUAACAUGGCGUAUAACUACGGUAAAAUCGGGCUUUUCAUGAUGGCGGCAUUGGCGGGGAAAAAGGACGGCGUGGUGGCAGGAAUGGCGGGGUGUGGGUUGGUGAAGUCGGUUGUUUCGGUUUCGUGCAUACUUAUGCACGACCUGAAAACCGGUCAACUCACUUUGACUUCUCCUAGAACCAUGCUUGUUAGUCAAGCAAUCGGUACCGCCAUAGGGUGCAUUGUGUCACCUUUAAGCUUCUUUUUGUUUUACAAAGCUUUCGAUAUCGGAAACCCUGACGGUGAAUAUAAGGCACCGUACGCGAUAAUCUACCGAAACUUAGCUAUACUCGGAGUCCAAGGGUUUUCGGCUUUGCCUAAACACUGUUUACAAUUAUGUUACGGUUUUUUCGCUUUUGCAGUGGCGGUCAACAUGGUCAAAGACAUGUUACCGAAACGAAUAGGAAAGUGGAUGCCGCUGCCGAUAUGUAUGGCCGUGCCGUUUUUGGUCGGUGGCUAUUUCGCUAUAGAUAUGUGCGUUGGGAGUUUGGUUGUGUUUAUUUGGCACAAGGUUAACGCAAAGGAAGCCGAACCAAUGGUGCCUGCGGUUGCUUCGGGUUUGAUAUGCGGUGAAGGUAUGUGGACCCUACCGGCGUCGGUUCUUGCUUUGGCGAAAAUAAAUCCGCCGAUUUGUAUGAAAUUUUUAACUUCUUAAAUUAGGAAGAGUUUGUUAUUAGUUUCGGAAAGAACUCAAAGAAGAAAUGGUAUAGCCAGUUAUAGUUUCUGUGUUAGUAACAGAUUUGGUUGCUCUCAAUAUCAAUAUAUUUCAUGAUAUCAGUGGUUUCAACUUGAACAAACUAUCCGGUUAUUAUGCCCGCUAGAACAUCGGUUUUACCCCGUGCAAAUAUCGUGUAAACUAGUCGUAGAGCAUCAAGCCAUGAGUCCAAGUAUUCCCAUGAAUCUGCAAUC